CGUGUUGGUAGAAGAAGAAGAAGAAGAAGCCGCCGAAGAAGAAGAAGAAGAAGAAGCCGCCGAAGAAGAAGAAGAAGAAGAAGCCGCCAGGUGCGUGGAUGAUUUAAACAUGUCCGACUGGGAGGAUGAGUACGACGCGGGCGGAGUAGCGAUCUAUAAACCCGCCACGAAAGCAGCUCCGACUCAGUGGAAACCACCGUGUGAUGUGGACCGCGCAUGUUUCGGUGUGAGAGCUGGAGCCAGACUCGGAGGCUCGAGAGACGGGAGAGAUGACCCGGGCAGCGGCGGGUACAGAAGUUGGAGAAGGGGCGGAGGCGGCGGCUGCGGCGGAGGAGGAGGAGGAGGAGGAGGUGGAGGCGGAGGAGGCGGCGAUGGUCGCCCUUAUCCCCCAAGCGCGGACCGCGGAGGCCGGGGGCCACAACGGACAUUCGCCGGUGAAAAGUCGGACUCUUGCCCGCCCGUGACUCUCUCCGUGGAAAAUGCCUCAAUAGGGAGAAUAAUAGGUCGUGGAGGAACCAAAAUCCGUGAACUUGAAGAGAGCACAGGUGCAAGAAUCAAGAUAAACAAGGGGGAUUAUGAAGGUGAGGUGCUCCUCUUCGGCUCCUCUGAUGCCCAGCAGAAGGCCAAGGACAUGAUUGAAGACUUGGUGGCUGAUGGCAACUCUAGAUUUCGCAAUGGGGCUGGCAGGGUGGGAGACUACAGACCAGAAGGUGAUGGAGGAGUGAAGAACGGCUCCGUCUGGUCCGCUGACCAAUUGCAGGCUUCCAGUGUCGCCCCGGCCAGUGGAUCCAUAGACUGGAACAGCAUCCGGGAGAACAGGGGGAAGUACGAAGAGCUCAAGUGGCAGGACCUCCCACCCAUGAAGAAGAAGUUUUACAUGGAGGCAGAGAGUGUAUCCAUGCUCACCGCAGAGGAAGUCUGUGAAUGGAGGAAAGAGAAUAACAAUAUUUUUGUGGACGACCUGAAGGAGGAAGGGGAGAAGCGGCCCGUCCCCAAUCCCUGCCGCACUUUUCUGGAGGCCUUCGAGCUUUAUCCAGAGAUCAUGGAAAAUAUUGAGCGAGUUGGCUUUGUCAAACCAACCCCCAUCCAGUCUCAGGCUUGGCCAGUGUUGCUGAGCGGCGAGGACCUGAUAGCGAUCGCUCAGACAGGAACAGGGAAAACCUUGGCCUACCUGCUGCCAGGGUUCAUCCACAUGGACGGACAGCUUGUACCGCGGGCUGAGCGCAAUGGUCCAGGCAUGUUGGUGCUGACUCCCACCAGAGAGCUGGCCCUGCAGAUUGAGACCGAGUGCAGCAAAUACCGAUACAAGGGCUACAAAAGUAUCUGUAUCUAUGGCGGAGGGGACAGGAGAGGCCAGAUCAACCUGGUGAAGGGUGGCGUGGACAUCGUCAUCGCGACACCGGGCCGACUGAAUGAUCUGCAGAUGAACGAGCUCAUCAAUCUUCGCUCCAUCACCUACUUGGUGCUGGACGAGGCCGACCGUAUGCUCGACAUGGGCUUUGAACCUCAGAUCAUGAAGAUCCUCCUGGACAUCCGGCCAGACCGACAGACCGUCAUGACCAGUGCCACCUGGCCCACCGGUGUGAGGCGACUGUCCAAAUCCUACCUAAAGAAUCCCAUGAUGGCUUACGUGGGCACCCUGGACUUAGCGGCGGUUGACACGGUGGAGCAAACGGUGCUGAUCGUCCAAGAAGAAGAGAAAAAGGCCUACGUGUUUGACUUCAUCAGGAACAUGUUGCCCCUGGAUAAAGUCCUCAUCUUCGUCGGCAAGAAGAUUGUGGCGGACGACUUGUCCAGUGACAUGUGUCUGCAGGGCAUGGCUGUGCAGAGUCUCCAUGGCGACCGUGAGCAGUGUGACCGCGAGGAAGCCCUCAAGGACUUCAAAGAUAGUCGAGUUCGUAUCCUGGUCGCCACGGACCUGGCGUCCCGAGGGUUGGAUGUCCACGACAUAACGCACGUCUUUAACUACGACUUUCCGCGUAACAUAGAGGAGUACGUCCACCGCGUGGGCCGCACUGGCAGAGCGGGACGCUCAGGUGCUGCUAUCACCCUGGUAACAAGGGAGAACUGGAGGAUGGCCGCUGAGCUGAUUCCUAUCCUGGAGCGAGCGGGACAGGAAGUCCCCCAGGAGCUGGUGCUUAUGGCUGAGAGAUACGAGAAGCACAAGAGGGAGAAGGACUUGGGCAAUCCAAGAGGAGGACCGGGACGAGGGGGAGGAGGAGGAGGAGGAGGAGGAGGAGGAUGGGGGAGGAGAGAUGGUGGAGGGAGAGGAAGCAGGGAUCAAGACCACAACUGGGGAUUCUGAUACAUGAUUGUUCAAGAGACUGUUCGAAGAAGUCUGUUAACCUGAACCAAUUUCAAUACUGUCUGGUAUUCUAAAUAGACGAAUGUUCAUUUUUUUACUCUUUGUCAACAUUGUGGAACAGAAUCUGAACAUGGCUGUGUUGUAUUUUAAUUUGAAUAUAUAUUUCCAUUUAUUUAAUUGAUUUUCCUUAAUAUUUUUUUAUAUUUAUUUAUUUUUUCAUGCACAUCCAUAAUCAUUCAAAGGCAGUUCUUCCAUUUCAAAAAUGUUUAAAAUGCACAAUUAAAUUAUUUUUUUUUACAGUGUCCUGUUUCUAAUUCACCAACUGCAGAAGUGUUUUGUAUCGCUGAAUAUUUUGUUAGGUCAUAUCUUGAUAUGCAUCUUUUUUUUGUUUAAUAAAUACUCAGAAAGAGA